CGCGUCACAGCGGUGAUGAGGGAGAUUAUCCUCCUUCACUGUGAAGCUCUCAGCGUCAACACGGAUCCACAGGAGACCGGCUGGAGGGGACGCAACAUGGGGAACGCGGACACCAAACUUCACUUCAGGAAAGCGGUGAUUCAGCUCACGACCAAAACUCAGCCUGUAGAAGCCACAGACGAUGCGUUCUGGGAUCAGUUCUGGGCCGACGCCUCCACCAACGUGCAGGAUGUUUUCACUCUGGUGCCGGCCGCAGAGAUCCGAGCGGUCAGAGAGGAAUCGCCGUCAAACCUGGCAACCCUGUGCUACAAGGCGGUGGAGAGGUUGGUGCGGGGUGCAGACUCCGGUUGCCCCUCAGAGAAGGAGCGUCAGAUCGUCCUGAACUGCGUCCGCCUGCUCACACGCAUCCUGCCUUACAUCUUCGAGGACGCGGACUGGAGAGGUUUCUUCUGGUCCACCGUGCCCGGAGCCGGCAGAGCGGGGCGUUCGGCUGAAGGCGGUGACGAGGACGAUGCUCGGCCGCUCGCUGAGUCUCUGCUGCUCGCCAUCGCUGACCUCCUCUUCUGUCCUGAUUUCACCACUCAGAGCCACAAGAAGAGCAGCGCGGACGUUUCUGAGGACAUCCGCUCCAUGGACAGCUGUGAGUACAUCUGGGAGGCCGGGGUCGGCUUCGCUCAGUCUCCUCCUCUCAACUACGUCCAUGACAUCAACAGGACGGAGCUGCUGAAGCUGCUGCUCACGUGUUUCUCUGAGGCCAUGUACCUCCCUCCAUCCUCUGAGAGGAAAAACCUCAACCCGUGGGUGUCCUUCUUCUGCUCCACAGACAACAGACACGCCCUGCCUCUCUUCACCUCACUGCUCAACGUGGUGUGUGCGUACGACCCCGUGGGGUACGGCUUCCCCUACAACCACCUGAUGUUCUCCGACCACCGCGAGCUGCUGGUGGAGCAGGCCGUCCAGAUCCUCGUGGUCGCCCUGGAGCACGAGGCCGGUUCGGCCGCCAGCUCCGCCCUCAAAGCCCUGGUGACCUCCGGCUCGUCCUCGGGGGUGGAGGACCUGGAGCCGGCCGGCCCUGAGAACCUCUUUGUGAACUACCUCUCCAGGAUCCACAGAGAAGAGGACCUCGGCUUCAUCCUGAAAGGUGUGGCGCGGCUGCUCAACAACCCUCUGCUCCAGACCUACCUGCCCCGCUCCACCAAGAAGAUCCAGUUCCACCAGGAGCUGCUGAUCCUCUUCUGGAAGUUCUGUGACUUCAACAAGAAGUUCCUCUUCUUUGUGCUGAAGAGCAGCGACGUGCUGGACGUGCUGGUUCCCAUCCUCUUCAACCUGAACGAUGCCAGAGCAGAUCAGUCUCGUGUGGGCCUCAUGCACAUCGGCGUCUUCAUCCUGCUGCUGCUGAGCGGAGAGAGAAACUUCGGCGUCCGUCUGAACAAACCGUACACUCUGAGGGUCCCCAUGGAUAUUCCUGUUUUUACAGGAACACACGCAGACCUGCUGGUUGUGAUCUUCCAUAAAAUCAUCACCAGUGGUCACCAGCGCCUGCAGCCUCUGUUUGAAUGUCUGCUCACCAUCACAGUGAACAUUUCUCCGUAUCUGAAGAGUCUGUCCAUGGUGGCAGCCAACAAGCUGCUCCACCUGCUGGAGGCGUUCACCACGCCCUGGUUCCUCUUCUCCUCCCCUCAGAACCACCACCUGGUCUUCUUCCUGCUCGAGGUCUUCAACAACAUCAUCCAGUAUCAGUUUGACGGUAACUUCAACCUGGUGUACGCCAUCAUCCGCAAGAGGAACGUUUUCCACCAGCUGGCCAACCUGCCGACCGAUACGUCGUCCAUCCAGAAAGCUCUGCAGAGGAAGAAGAAGUCGGGGAUCUCCAGGUCGAACUCUACAGAGGCCGAGUCCAUGGAGGGCUCCAGACCUGCUGUACCAGCCGAGCCGGGCACCUUUAAAACCAGCUUGGAGGCCACUCCAGUUCAAAAAGGAUUCCUUGUGCGUCUUCCAGGUAUCGAUAAGAUAACAGAGAAGUCUCAGGUGAGUGUGGACGGUACCAUGGUCGCCGUCCCUCAUUUAGAGGCUCCGCAGACGACCGCUGACGGCCAAGCUGCAGCCGGAGCGAGCGACACCGAGUCCAACUCAGAAAGAGACCACGAGGCGUAUCACUCAGAGUCCGAGGCAGGGAGAAGUCGUCUGUCCAGCGUGUCGUCGUCAGCAGCCUGGAGCCCCAAUCCAGACUGGGUGAUGUCAUGGAAGUCGAAGCUCCCUCUUCAGACCAUCAUGAGGCUGUUACAAGUUCUGGUCCCUCAGGUGGAGAAGAUCUGCAUCGACAAGGGUUUGACAGACGAGUCAGAGAUCCUGAAGUUCCUCCAGCAUGGCACGCUGGUCGGCCUCCUGCCCGUCCCUCAUCCCAUCCUCAUCAGGAAGUACCAGGCCAACGCCGGCACCGCCAUGUGGUUCAGAACGUACAUGUGGGGCGUCAUCUAUUUACGCAACGUGGAUCCUCCGAUCUGGUACGACACGGACAUCAGGCUCUUUGAGAUCCAGAGGAUUUAGAGGAGCGGGGUGAAGACAUCCCUCAUGAGUCCUGGUUUCCCCGUUUGUCUCUUUCCUGUUUUACCUUCAUCGAGGAACGUUUCACAGAAAUCGUCUUCUUCACAACAUGAAACACUCUGUCUCACACACAGCCUGUGUUUGGAAGGAGGACGGGACAUUUAUUUAUCAGCUGUGGAUUUCAUUUGCCAAAAAAAAAAAAGAAAUAGAAGCGAACACAGACUGCAGCUGGACCCUUCUCCAAACCAUGAAGAGCCUGAAAGACCCGGACUCUGUAGUCCGGCCCACAUGCUUUGGUCUUAAAAUAAAUAAUUUCUAACUAUG